GGCACGCACCGUUGUUUCGUUCAAUCCCGUUUCCGCAGAGCCCAUCAAAGCUCUCAAUCACUUUUGUGCCCAGCGCAUCUGUAUUCAACAUCCAACCGUGGACACACAUCAACGUUGUCUUAUCUCCCUAUAGUUUUUUUUUAAAUCCAAAAUAUAAUUUAUUCUUUCUUUUUAAAUUUAAUGAUAUUGCACUAAACUUUUAGUAACACUAACUUGUCGCCAUCGUUUUCGUGAGCUUAUUGCAAGCUUUUAGUGGUGUGUUUUUUUGUUUUUUGUUUAUCUUGUGUGCUUCACAGUGAUUGGACUUGAUGUCCGAAACUUUUGUUUGGCUCUUUCACCGCACAAGGGUUUCGUGUACAAAUCGAGUUGGGCUCGGUGCUUCGCCAUAGUGAAGUUUUGCUGAAAUAUCAUAAUCCUCUUCGUCUGGUGGCUGGAGGAAACGAAAAGGGGAAUCGACGAAAAUGAUUGACAACGACGACGAAGAUGCUCAUCCGCGUGAAGAAUCGGUUGAUUCUAACCAACGCUGGCGAACGACGGACAUUCUUUUGGGCCGACUGUUCUCUCUUUACGUUCGAAACACAACCGAUAUCGUUAGUUACGUGCUUAAUCAGCAUUAUACUAAUAAAGAGGAGACUCAGCAACUGGAUGUUAUCGGCAGUGUCGGCCCCGAAGAGUACGCAUAUUACGCCGAUGGCAGUUACACUCUUUUUCAACAGCUGUCAACAUUCUGCCCGAAGGCGGUUGGCCAGGAGAUGCGGAAGAAGAUUUCUUUAUGGCUGAUGUAGCCGGAUUCAAUGGAAGCUUCAGCAGCGCUAACUUUAGCCAUCCCGGAAACACGACGUUGCAUCGCGAUGACAAUUUUUCAUCGUCUUAUAUGAUGCCAUGGCCACAGAGAACAUCCUGGAUCGCCGUCUUUACGUUGUUGGUAGUUGUGGCCACCGUGGGCAACUCGCUCGUCGUCUGGAUUGUUUUAGCCCACAAAAGGAUGAAAACUGUAACAAACUACUUUCUGGUCAAUCUCAGCCUGGCCGAUUUGACAAUGACGCUCUUCAAUUGCAUCUUCAACUUUACUUUCAUGCUAAAUAAUCACUGGCCCUUUGGCGGAUUCUAUUGCACCGUCAACAACUUUGUGGCCAAUGUCACCGUGGCGGCUAGCGUCUUCACUUUGGUGGCUAUCUCAUUUGACCGGUAUAUUGCCAUCGUUUACCCGUUACGACCGAGGAUGAGUAAGAGCACGGCUCGCAUCGCCAUUAGCCUCAUCUGGUUGGCCAGCUGCAUCCUGGCUGUUCCUUGUCUUCUCUACUCUCACACCCUGUCACACAGUUAUCGAGGCGGUGAAGUUCGAAUCGUUUGCAUCAUCGUUUGGCCUGAUGGUGUUCCCUCGGUUUCCCAACAGGAUUUCAUAUACAAUAUCGUUUUCACGGUUUCCACUUACCUCAUACCGGUGAUUGUGAUGGGUGCCUGUUAUUCACGCAUGGGCUACGUCUUAUGGCGGGGUAAAAGCAUCGGCGAACAGAAUCAACGCCAAGCAGAGUCUAUCCAAUCGAAACACAAGGUCGUGAGAAUGUUCACGGUGAUCGUGACGCUGUUUGUCGUCUGUUGGCUACCGUAUCACGGCUAUUUCGUUUACCAAUUCAUCGACGACCAAGUCAUCUCUUACAAAUACACGCAACACAUUUUCUUGUCCUUCUAUUGGCUGGCUAUGAGCAACACUAUGAUCAAUCCUCUCGUCUACUACUACAUGAAUACAAGAUUUCGUGAACACUUUAGAUCGGCUUUGUGCUGUCGGGGACGACCGUCAGCGCUGAAUUCUAUGGCGUCUACGGCCGGAUCAGCCAUCAUCAUCACAAGGGCCGGCCAGAGACCAACCCCAAUUUUGCGUAACGAUCGAGCCGACUUUGUGACAGGUCCGCGACAACCACGACAAGUCCUCAAUCAACGACAGUUCAUCACUUCGGCCGUCCUUCGGCAAAAUGGAAUGGACGCGAUUCCUUCAUCGGAAGGUUCCUACUCGGCGGCAGAAAGCACGCACUUGAUCCAGCGGCAGGAUAACUUGGAAGGCGAGCCGAUCAAAUCGUGCGAGACUCUUGAGAAAUCAAGUUUGCUGCUCGAUUCGCCGCAGCAGCAACGUAUUUUGGUUUCUAGUGACACAUCAAUAAGCAACGGAACAGCGGCCUGGAUCUCUAGUCAAGGACAUCUUGUCACCGUAUGGACAUCUUCAUCAACGACACCGUUAUCGACCGCCGCUCGAGACGAUGGCAACCAACACUCGAUGAACCUCAUCAACGCUCGGAUGCACAUUAGACGGAAUCCCUCUACUGACACGUGCGCUGAAGCGAAUAAAAUCCACCAAACCAUCGCCGAAACGAAAACCUAAUUACAAAGUAGCAUUAGAAAUAUACAGAAUUUAACGGCCGGUUACUUGACCGACGGGCAAAAAAAAGUUUUAAUUAAAAGGUCUCAUUACGGCCAUCUGGUAGAUUAAUUGUCUUUGAAUUUUAGUUGUGUGUUCAUCUGCUCAAAAGUUUCGGGCCACCUUAUCUUUAAUUACCAUUGGUGAUGAUAAAUUUCACAAACAAAGCAAAACGAUCCACAAAAUGGACCAUUUCUUCCGUUUGCAAAUUCACCGUCGGCUUAUCAAAACGUUGCGGUUUUCGUUUCAUGGUAAACGUGAGCAGUAUUUACACAUAAAACCACUGGGUGGGGUGUGAUAGAUGUACUUACUAGAAAUUGUCCAUGUGUACAUGACACUGAGUUGUACUUGUACAUCGUCUAAUUCAAUUUCGUUCAUGUUUUCUUUAAAAAACGAAGGCGUCGGGUAAGCUAGAUACGUGUUCGUCUUGUUAUUGUGUACCAGGGCAAAGCAACUGUUCGUUAUUUCUCCGACAAAUCACAAAAGCCUGUCAGGAGAAUAAAUUCUGUGACUUUAUCAAAGACUACAUACUCUUUGAGCAAUUACACGGGUCGAAAAGAA